ACUCACUACCCAUCCAUUAUCUCCACUAUCCUUCUAAAUCUUAAAACAAACCAGACAAUUUUUUAUUUUUAAUUUUCUUAUUUUCCCUUUUCUCUCAUUUUUUCGAGAGUAAGACGAAAAUUAAUAAUAAUAAUUUCCACUACUGGAAACUGAAAUUCCUCGGCCUGAACCUCCCACUUUAUUCCGGCCAGUGUCCGCGCACCAAAGAGAAGCGCACCAGACUCGAUACAGCAGGCGCCCCAACCAGGUUUCUGCGACAGAAUUUACAGCCUACUACAGCCUACUACAACCCAGAGCCUCUCCGCUCAACGCCAGAUCAAGUAUAGGUCGUCGGCACCACGACCAAAACAGUAUCUCCACCAUUUUUGCCUUUUUUGUUCGUGAUACAAUCGUCGUACCUCGACAAAAAUGGCCGACAUCACAGACCAACACGAACAGACCUCGCCAACCGAACUCGAUGAAUCACACGUCGGCAAUGGCAACCAAGGUCCCGCAGAGAGUCGAGGCAUCAAGCGUCAGCGCGCUAGCAUUGCCGACGACGAUGAUGAUGACGACGAGAAGGGAGGUCGCGAACGUCGCAAGAUUGAGAUCAAGUUUAUUAGUGAUAAGUCGCGUCGCCACAUCACAUUCUCCAAGCGCAAGGCCGGUAUUAUGAAGAAGGCCUACGAAUUGUCUGUUCUGACCGGCACGCAAGUUCUACUGCUAGUCGUCUCGGAGACCGGUUUAGUGUACACAUUCACCACUCCUAAGCUCCAACCCUUAGUCACCAAGGCAGAGGGCAAGAACUUAAUCCAGGCCUGCCUGAACGCGCCCGAACCUACUCAGGGCAACGAGAACGGUGUGGACGAUUCCAACCAAGUCGAGUCACCCGAAGAACCGACCAAUUCCCACCUGCCUCCUCAAACGAGCCGGCCGGGAAUGCCUUCGCACAUGCCUCCUAACUACGUACCCAACGUCCCAAUGGACCCGCAACAAGCUAUGGCGUAUCAAAGCUAUAUGCAACACCAACAGCGCGGUCAAUUCGGUCUGCCACCUCAGUCUGGCAUGCCGCAACACACCUCACACCAAUCCUGAUCGUCGUCUUUUCGGCGAUGAAAUUGCCUUGCGCCUGAUACCCCGAAUUUAAUGCAUUCAUGAGGUUCUCUUUUCAUUCGAGGCAUUCCGCACACAAUUAUAAUUGCAAGGCCUCGGCUUCGGUGGUCCGGCGUUGUUGGGUCAUCGUGACUUAUUUUUUCUUUGCUCUGCACAAUACGACUUUGAUCCCAUCCUCUUUUUUUCAGUCUUUCCAAUUAAAAUACCUAUCGCUUGUUAAAAUGGUGAUAAGGCGAUGUGAUCAUCGCGCCCGAUUUGCCAUCUAUUAAUUCUCGUUUUCAUCGUUUCAUCCUAAAGAACGAAUAGAGGCUGG